AUGGUGUCUCUGUCAGGACUGGCCAUCUUCGGCCUCACUCUUGUCUCGCGCGUGUCUGCAACCAUCCUUCAGAAUGGCCAAGUGCGAGAGGUCAACUUCCCGGAUACUCGUGUUGAUCCGUCCGCACACUCGUUCAAGACGUACCCGCCCAACGCCACCGAAAUAUCCUACAAGGGGCGGUGGGACUCGCAAUAUGUCUCUUGGUGGUCAGCCCCGGGCAUCAAGUUCGGCUACACCGGACAAACAGUGGCCAUUUCUUUCGGCAACCUGACUGACGAUGGCGUCCUGGUCGGUUACCGCAUCGGAGGACUCGACUGGAUCUUCACCAACAUCACCGCCGGAGGCACUCACCUUCUCGUAAGCCCGGAAACACCAGGCUCAGGCGAGACGGGACCCAUCAACCCGUGGACCUUUGAGAUGCGGGUGUCAAACUGGGCAUAUGGCGUGCAAAUCGAUGCCGUCCAUGUGGCCGACGGAGAGAAGCUGGUCAAAAUUCCCGAGUUCGGCCGCCGUAUUGAAGUAAUUGGCGACAGUCUUGCCUCGGGCAUGUACGCGACGUACGAGGGCUUGUCGAGCUGGGGCUACGGUCUCGGGGCUGGCCUCGGCAACACGGAAUUUGCGGUCACUGCUUACCCCGGAAUCUGCGUGGCAGACCAGGACUGCUGGGGCAAUCCUAGGGGGCAGGUUCAUCAAUGGUUCUACACCGCCGACACAAGUUAUCGCGCCUCUGUGAUCCACGGUGAAAACCCGGAGCCAUGGGACUUCAAAAAGCAGCCGGCCGCCGACAUCGUGGUCAUCAACAUUGGCACCAACGACCGCAAUGAGGCAAACAACGUCUCGACCGAAGCCUACAUCGAUGCGUACACUAAGGUCAUCCAGGGUAUUCACGGAAAGUGGCCGAAGGCUCAAGUCGUUGUCAUGUCCCUCUGGCUAGGCUUCUACCAGUCCGGCAACACGUAUUUCCCCGAAGCCUCCCAAGGCUGGGUCAAGGAGAUCUACCAGAUGGUCGAGUGGUUCAACUCGGAUGCCUACCUCCGCAACCCAAUCAUCUACGACGGAGUCACCAAGAAGACGUCCAACACAGGCAAGAAGGCGAAGCCUUUUGUCCACUACUUCAACACCACCGGCAUCAUGCAGCACAACGACAUCGGGCCGCAGUGGCACCCCACUGACGUGGGCGCCAUCAAGGUGGCCAGCCACCUCCAGCAGUUUAUCCGGAUGAAGUUUGACUGGGACUUUUACGCUACGGGGCCAGAGGUCUUUCACGAGACACUGUACUGGAAUGAUGAGACUAAUUACUGA